GUGGAGUCGUCAUUAAACUGAGAAUGGCGACGAGAAAGAUUAUUGUACGAAGACAUUUGAUCCUGAUCUUGUUCUACAUAGUUACUACUGUCAGAUCUGAAAGUAACGUCGCCGUAAAUAAAACAACAGAACAAAGUAGUGACCAGGGGAACGUUAAGUAUGCAGCCAGUCAUGUUGUGGAUGACUGUUUAAGUACAGAUUUAAGCAAUGGUUGUUGCACACACACGGAAAGGGGUCACACAACGGCCUGGUGGCGUGUUGAUCUGGGAGAGUUGAUGACCAUCAUUAGGAUCAAAAUAUACUACAGAGAUAAUUUUCAGCACAGAUUGGCAGGAUAUCAGCUUUAUGUAUCCAAUACCACCAACACACCAACAGACGGUGACCUGUGUUUUGUGGACACUAGUAGUACUAAAAACGCUGUACAGCUGGUGGUGACACACCAGUGCCCGUAUGUAGGUCGGUAUGUGACCGUGUACAACUAUAGAAACAACCCAAAACCAUACAGCUGGUACAGUGAUUGGGCUAUUCUGGAGUUGUGUGAGGUACAGGUGUUUGGAUGUCCGACAGGGAGAUACGGUGACGGAAACUGUCAGAAACUCUGUCCAGUCGACUGUUAUGGUGGUAACUGUAACUCCAAAACAGGUGCCUGUUUCU